UCAUUACCACUUUUCUUCCUCCUAUUUUCUAACUACCUGUACCACUCCUCUUUACUACUCUUUACUACUCAUACUACUACUACUACUACUUGUUCUUCCACUUCCCACUUGCUAUUCAACACAAGCUUUAAUUAACCUAUAUUCAUUUGUAUCAACUAACAAGAAAUUUAAAAUAUUACUUGCUAGUUGAAGAAAAUUAUGUCAGGGAGAAGGUCGAGGCAGUCAUCAGAGGGAACGUCGUCAAGGAUUUCAGAUGAUCAGAUCAUUGAACUCGUGUCCAAAUUGCAGCAACUUCUUCCUGAAAUUCGCAAUCGUCGCUCUAACAAGGCAUCCGCAUCCAAGGUACUACAAGAAACAUGCAACUACAUUAGAAACUUGCAUAAAGAGGUGGAUGAUCUCAGUGAUCGACUUUCUCAGUUACUGUCCACCAUUGAUGCUGACAGUCCUGAAGCUGCAAUCAUUCGUAGUUUAAUUAUGUAACUUUCAAUCAUUUAUAUAUCUAUUAUAUAUUGGAUGCAUUCUACUAUAUACCUAGUUCUUGUCUUUCUUCUUCCUUUCUAGACUUUGGUCAAUAUUUGCUAGACCAAUCUCAUUAUUUAGAAUUUAAAUAUGCAGUAGUAUAUAUAUUGGACCUAAUAUCUAUAAUCUAAUGUAUGUUCUCCUAGCUGUAUGGACACGUGCUUGUAAUGAUGUUUCCCAAUUUUAAUUAUGGACUUAUGCUC